AUGGCCUCUCUCCUCAAGAAACCAUUGAAACUGGCCCUGAUCCAACUGGCCUCAGGCGCCGACAAAACAGUAAACCUCGCACAUGCUCGCUCCAAGGUUCUCGAAGCCGCCAAAGCUGGUGCCUCUCUCAUCGUCCUUCCGGAAUGUUUCAACUCUCCCUACGGUACCCAAUACUUCCCAAAGUACGCCGAGACAUUGCUUCCUUCCCCACCCACCCAAGAACAGUCCCCCUCCUACCAUGCGCUUUCGUCCAUCGCCGCAGAAGCCAAGGCCUACUUGGUGGGUGGUAGCAUUCCGGAACUUGAGCCGACCACGAAAAAGUACUACAACACCUCGCUGGUGUUCUCCCCCACCGGUGCCUUGAUUGGAACCCACCGCAAGACUCAUCUCUUCGAUAUCGACAUCCCCGGCAAGAUCACCUUCAAAGAGAGCGAGGUCCUGUCCCCUGGUAACCAGCUGACUGUCGUCGAUCUGCCGGACUAUGGUAAAAUCGGACUGGCUAUCUGCUACGAUAUCCGCUUCCCGGAGGCCGGCAUGAUUGCAGCUCGGAAGGGCGCCUUCAUGCUCGUGUACCCGGGCGCAUUCAACACUACCACGGGUCCGCUGCACUGGUCGCUGUUGGCUCGUGCUCGCGCCGUUGAUAACCAGGUGUAUGUGGCCUUGUGCAGUCCCGCUCGAGACAUGAGCGCCUCGUACCACGCCUAUGGUCACAGCUUGGUCGUGGAUCCGAGCGCAAAUGUGCUGGCUGAGACGGAGGAGAAGGAAGACAUUAUCUACGCGGACCUGGAUAACGAGACGAUCCAGAACACGAGGAAGGGUAUUCCCAUUUACACGCAGCGGCGGUUCGAUUUGUACUCGGACUCGACGACCACUGCAGCCCACGACAGCCGACACUUCUGUCCCUCAUUCAAAAUGUCCGCCCCCGUCAAGACCGGCAAGAAGACUCGCUCGGCCAUCGCCGACGUUGUCACUCGCGAGUACACCAUCAACAUGCACAAGAGAAUGCACGGUGUUUCCUUCAAGAAGCGUGCUCCUCGUGCUAUCAAGGAGAUCCGCGCUUUCGCCACCCGUGCUAUGGGCACCACCGACGUCCGUGUCGACCCCCAGCUCAACAAGAAGGUCUGGGAGGCCGGUGUCAAGGGCGUCCCCUACCGUCUCCGUGUCCGCAUCUCCCGCAAGCGUAACGACGAGGAGGGCGCCAAGGAGAAGCUCUACUCCUACGUCCAGGCUGUCAACGUCAAGGAUGUCAAGGGUCUUCACACCGCCGUUGUCGAUGAGGAGUAA